AUGGAGGAGGUUCGCAUAUCGGAUUGGCCCGAACCACCGGGCUCGCAUGCAUGGCUGCCCGCUUAUGGUUUCCAGCAUGAAUUAUUGGAUAAGGAUGACUAUUUUGGCUCCAAUGGUGACAGUGGCAGCACUCACGCUUUGUACCUCGAAACUAUAGUCGAGGAAACAAGCGAUGAUUUGCGUUCCGAACGUUCUUCUGCUGCAACUUGGCUCUCAGAUUCAGACGCCGAUUCUGUCAUACACGUGCGAGGAGCUGGAGGAUCAGAGUGCGACAGCGAGUCGGAGCGGGAAUGGGCAUGCCCGGCUAAACGGCGCCGCAGGGAGCGAGCCACCUCGCCCACCAGCUCGGCUUCGCUCUCGCGCUCUUCAAGCCUCGCUCAGUUCGAGUCUCUCGAGCGCUCCUGCGCCGCACCGGCCUCUCCUAGUCUGUCGCCGGAUUCCCUCGAGUCGCCGCCGGCGUCACCUCCACCAAAACGCCCCGCCCCUCGCACACAUUUGUCCGCGGAGAACCUCAGCGAAGACAGUGGUUACAGUGAACGCGCGCGACGCCCGCCGCCACCUGCCAAGCGCGGUUCGACAGAAAUAGCACAGGGGCCGACCGCCGCCGGCUCCGCGCCUUGCCUCGCCUCGCCCAGUGCCGGGCGGCGGCCACCGCGUGCUGCGCGCGCUCUCUCGCUGCCUGCCGAGCUCGACGUGUGCGCUGAGCCUCGCCGACACACCACACACCGCGCACGCUUCCGCCAGACCUUCGAAGUGUCCGACAACCUCACCGUCAGCGUGGCGGACCUUACGGCACUAGACUACCGCGGCGGUCCGAGGCGCCCGCGCCUCCCGCCGCCGCCGCCUCCUCCGCCGCGAGCCACUCGCCAGCCACCCCCACCGCCUCCUGUAGAAACCCUCGUGCGACAACCAUCUCCGCCCCUGCCCCGCGAACCGAGUGCAGAGAGCAAUUCAACGACCGAAUCGGAACAAGCUUUCGCCCGCGAAAUGGAAACGACGGCGCGGCGUCUCGACGAGAACGCUAUGAGGGCGCUCGCUGAAACCGGUGAUUUCGAUAGAGGACUAUCUGUGUUAACCGCGAAACGAUUGCGAGAUUCGUGGGGAGCGUGGGACGACGUGCUCAACGAACUCCGCCGACGGAUAGAGCCUUCCUCCCCGACGCCGUCCCCACCACGCUCCCCCUCCCCGGACCCUAUUAGAGAACCCGUAUUCUCGUCGACGCCGCUCCGAUCGUCGUGCGAUGCUCGCGUCCGAUCCACUCCCGAAUUAAGCAUCCGCGCAACCUCUCAUCGCGAGACGCCGGAAGAGUUGCGCGCGUCCUUACAACUAGUGGCCCCGCCUCAGGCCGACGCCGCGCCGCCUGCGCGCUCCGUGUCCGCCGGCUCCAAAGGAGUGACAUUUUCGCCGGUGGUGGCCGAGGUGAGCUGGCGGGAGACGAGCACGAGCAGCGCGACGAGCGAGAACACGACGACGAGCGCGAGCGACGACGCGGCGGACGCGGAGGUGGUGGUCGUGGAGGGGGGAGGCGAGUCACCGCGCGCGCCGGCCGCAGAGCGCAACAUCGACAUGACGGAUGCGGGCGCGCGCGCGCCGCGCAGUCGCAUCGCGGGCUUCCUGUCGCGGUUCGCGAACUUCCGAUUUUCGGGUCGCAAAGAGAAGAAGCCGAGGGGCGCAGGCGCGAACGGGCGGCCGGCCGGCGGAGUCGCCGUGACGGCAGAUGCGGGGCACGGAGCGCGCGCGGCGGCCGCCGGGCCGCAGUACGUGCGCAUCCCGCUGAAGGAGGAGGGUGUGUCGCGGACCGCGGGAGCCCCCGCGGCGGGGGCGGCGUGGCGCACAAGCCGCCGCGGCCUGCGCCCGCCGCCCCGCCCCGCGCCGGGCGUGCUGGAGACCGACGUGGACACCCAGCGCACCGUGCUGCACGCGCGCUCGCUACUCGCCCUCGCGCCACCCGACCAGCGCUCGCCGCGCCCGCACAAAUCCAUGGAGUUCCUGCUCGACAAGGACAGUGCCCAGAUAGUUCAGGUGAGUCCCUUUUAUGAAACCAUAUUUCCACUAAAAAGUUUAAAAAACCUUGAAUUUUCUGCUUUAAGCUCUUUGAAGUCCCAAAAAUUAGAUCCCUACACAAAACAGACUGCAAUGUUUACAAACAGCGCGAUCAAUGCCGGCCAACGACCCCGCAUUGCGCCCAGAUGUCACGUGGCCUAUCUAUAUACCAUUUAA